ACGUGUGAAAUGAAAGACAAAAUGCCGACACAUCACCAUUGCUAUUAUUUAUUAAUGCAUGAAAGUGAAUCUAGAAGGCACGCGGGAAGAAAUAGUAUUUUUACGUAAGAUUUUAAAAGUGGGAUAAAUCCCUAAAUUGUGCAUUUAAAUCAAAGAUAUAAUUUAGUUUAAAAAGCAAAGCAAGUCGGUGUCUACAUGUGUUCCCCUAAAAAAGGUCCGGGUGGUCGGCUUCCGAGCGGAACCUUACUUGGCCGCCGCCUCCGGAGCAAAUGUUGUCGACCUGCUAACUUUCCCCGGGACACUUGAAUGUUUACGAUGUAGCGCUCUGUUUACGACUGGAUUACGUGUCGAUCAUGUUGCAUGUACAGUAUAAACAUGUUGUUGCUGUUCCAGCAAGCAUGGAACCUGAUGGAUCUGCUGUUGAAGUGCUCUCUCCCGAAUCAACAGUCACGACCUUGUUCUCGAACACUGGACACCUGAGGAGCACUCUGGUGCCUCACCUCAACAGUACCAUCAGAUACAAUGAGAAGGACUAUGAUUCUGCUUCCGCAGUGUUGGACGCAUACAUUGCGGAUUUUCAAUGGAGUUGUCAGAACAGCGAAUCUUUUACAGGUUCGUUGAUUCUACCAGAAACUCCAUCCUCAACCCCGACUAAACUGAGUAGGCGCACACCUAGAAGACAAGAUGUUCUGAAGGAGCGGUUGACUGCCACGGAGUUGGAUUUCCUGAACCUCCCUGUCAGUUCUUUGCAUCACAGAAGCAACAGAGACAGACACUCAAUGACGACUGAUGAACUCCUUGCCAUUCCUCUCGAUGGCUCAAUGCCGGUGACCCACACGUCUGCCUUCAUUCAAGGUCUUUCUCGUUCUAGAGUCAAUCACACAGCGAGAUUGGGUCACAGAGUUCAAGAGGGCUACAGGUGGAAAAGAGGAGUAGACGCAGCCACAGUCCAAUCAGAUCAUUCCAAGCUCCAACCCCCACUCAGUGUGUCGGAGUUGGAUCCACCGUCCAGUCUCCAUCAGUCACAGUGGUUUAUGGGUCAUAAAGAGGAAGUUCACCCUACCGAUAUCACCAGUCUUCCCAUGAGGUAUCCUGCGUGGCUACAGCGCUGCAAGCUUUACAAGCAGCACUCUGAAUCAAACCACUGGGAAGGAACUCCUCCGUCUGGGAUGAGGAGAGCAGGGAUGGGUGAAACUUCAUCCUGGGUCAUGCAUCCGGACAAGUGUGACUCUGUUGACAUGUGUGCACUGUCACAGCACCAGAAGACUCUCAGAGAUUUGAGACUGAGCCUGGCUGAACAGAUUUAUCUGCUCGCUACUGAGAAGCAAUGUUCCCCUAUCAAGGAGUCACUGCUCCGAGACAACAAACUGGAGCGUCUGAUAGAUAAGGCAGAUCAAGUGUUGAACACUCUGUCUCAGACUUCUGGAUUUGCAGACACUAUUCUCGAUCAAGGUAGCAGAGUUGUUGACCGCCCUGUUGACGCCACAGAGCCUCUCCAUUGUUACUCCACUCUCAGGGAAGCAGCUGUAGCUGCAGCAGCCCCCGCUGGCCCUCGGACAGACUCAGGAUCAUUGGAGGAGGAUGUAACCCGUGACCGGAAGCAGCCUGGUCCACUAGAAGCUCUCAAACAGAUGAUGUUUCGACUACAAGCCGUGGAGGCCGAACUUCAAAGACAGAGUCCGACAUCAACUGUCAGUGAUGCACGACCUCCGGGGCAGAAGAAAGGUGAAAGUAAAGCUAAGAUGAAGAGAUUGGAUGAGGGGCCUUUACUUCAGAGCACUCUACGUGACCUGAAUCAAAUGAAGCUGCGGGAAGUCAAGCCUAAACUGAAACCUGGUAACAAGGAGGAAGAAAAUGACCCAGAUGAAGGACACUGUUCUUCUCUAUCUGCUGACGGAUUCACAUGUGAGGGAACUAAAAGUGAACUCAGCUUUACGCCAAGCAAUCACCGUUGCCCCAGAUGAGUUUUAAAAAUGCACUAAGUUUAUAAGCAGAUCUGUUUAUAGCAGGAGAGGUUACAAAAUUUUUGGGUGUUCCUAGACUGUACUUACCAAUGACAGUGUUAUUGUCUUUGAGAGUUUUAAGAUUAAAGAUUUUGAGAGAAUCCCAAGGCUAAAAAAGGACAUCAGUAUUAUUCCAAAUGAUCAAGUCUGGAUGUUGCUAUGUAUAGCAUUUAAUGCUCUUUACAGUAGGGCCAAUGGAAACUAUUUAUUGGGUUGAAAAUCUGAAAUCAUAAUAACUCAGAGAUGGUAGACUGGUUGGCCUGUAACUGAGAGGUUGUCGGUUCGAUCACAGUUCGCGACACGUUUGUGUCAUUGUGUCCCUGAGCACGAAACGUAACCCCGGUUUGCUCCUGGCAGUUCAGUUGACGCGCUGUUUCGCUGCCAUCAGUGGGUUCAUUGGUGACUUAUUGUCAACCCUUUUGGUUGCUGGACAAGUAUGGAGAGCGCUAUAUAAGAGCCAUUUACCAUUAUUAUUGUUACAAAGGCCAUAGACAGACACGUGCCAACACUGACUCUGACCAAAACAGAAGAAAUGCUGGCAUCAUGCCUGGCAGCGACCAUGCCUGAAAUGUAUAAGACCGCCUUGUAUGCUUUAAAUAUCUAAGUAUAUAUUUCUAAUAUCAGACUUUUUCUGUUUACAUUUUUUUCACUUUUUCUUUUGUGCCUGCCAUCAACACUCUAAAUGUACAUAUAUAUAGCAACAUGAUCAUGAAGUCCCAUGUUGAGAUUGUUGAAUCACUGUGAUAACAUACUGUUACAGAAAUAUUGUCCGCUUUUGAAGAAACAUGUUGAACAAUGUAUAAACAAGCACUCCCCUUUGUCACCUUCAACACCAGUUGCUCAAAAUAUGUUGUAUUAAUGUUUUUUUAAUCACUAAUAAAUUGUAUU